UCUGGGAUUUAUCUCCCGCCCUCACAGACCCAAAUCCAGAAACCGAAACUGCACCGGUUCCCAUGCAGAAGGCGCCCUCACCCACUGGAUCUCCCUGCCUCCAACAGGACCCUGCCCUGACCCCCACGCCAACCAUGCCUCCCCCGGAGGACCCCUCCGAAGACCAUGAACACAACCAAAACCCCGCGGAGCAAGCCAUGAAGGAGGAAUUCCAGUUUCUGCGCUGUCCGGGCUGCCAGGCCCAAGCCAGGUGCCCCAAGCUGCUGCCUUGCCUGCACACGCUGUGCUCUGGAUGCCUGGAGGCGUCGGGCUUGCAGUGCCGGAUCUGCCAGGCGCCGGGGGCUGGCGCUGAGGAGGCCCUGGAUAACGUGUUCUUCGAGAGCCUGCAGCGGCGCCUGGCGGUAUUCCGACAGAUCGUGGAUGUGCAGGCUGCGUGUACCCGCUGCAAAGAGCCGGCUGACUUCUGGUGUUUCGAAUGUGAGCAGCUCAUGUGCCACAAAUGCUUCGACGCGCACCAGUGGUACCUCAAGCACGAGGCCCGGCCCCUGGCCGAGCUCCGCGACAGCUCAGUUCGCGAAUUCCUCGACAGUACGCGCAAGUCCAACAUCUUCUGCUCCAAUACCAACCAUCGCACCCCCGCGCCGACCAACAUCUACUGCCGAGGCUGUGCCAAACCUCUGUGUUGCGCAUGCGCCCUCCUGGACGGCGACCACAACCAUCUCCGGUGCGACAUUGGCGACGAGAUCCAGCAGCGGUAUGAGGAGCUGGGCACCAUGACGCAGGCGCUGCAGGAGCAGGACAGGGUCUUCGACAGUGCUCACGCGCAGAUGCGCUCCACCAUAGGCCAGCUGGAGCACGCACGCGCAGACACUGAGGAGCGGAUCCGCGCACGCGUUCGCCAGGUGGUAGAGCAUGUGCAGGCGCAGGAGCGCCAGCUGCUUGAGGCGGUGAAUGCACGCUACCAGAGGGACUACCAGGAAAUAGCUGGUCAGCUGGGCCACCUGGAAGCUGUGCUGCAGCGCAUCCGCAGUGGUGGGGCGCUGGUCAAUAAGAUGAAGCUCUAUGCCUCCGACCAGGAGGUGCUGGACAUGCAUGGCUUUCUGCGCAAGGCACUCUGCCGCCUGAGCCAGGAGGAGCCCCAGAACCAGCAAGUCCAGCUGCGCACCAGCGGCUUCGAGGAGUUCAAGUGGUGCCUGCAGGACCUCAUCUCCUGUAUCACCCAGAGGACAGAUGCAGCUGUAGCCAGGAGAGCCACCCCAGAAGCAGCCAGCGUUCCCAGGGACUCUUUUGACCUUGAGCAGCCCAAUGAAGUGCAGAGGGCACAGGCACAGGCCCUGAGGCUGUCUAAGACCCCACCUGUGGCUGUGGUACAGUCAGUGCCCGGAGCACACCCUGUGCCAGUAUAUGCUUUCUCUAUGAAAGAAGGCUCCACCUAUCGUGAGGAGGCCUCUCAGACAAUCACCCCCAUGAAGAGGAAGUGCUGCCAUAGCGACUGCCGCAGGAAGAUCAUCAAGAUGGAGUCCACAGAGGAGGAUGAGAACAGGUUGAUCUCUAGCUCCCCUGAGCAGCCCAGGCCCAGCACUUCCAGGGCCAUUUCUUCUCCCCAUCUGGAUGGGCCAUCCAGCCCUGAGAGCACCAUCCGAGAAAAGGAGAGCCCCCUGCCCACCAGCAACCAUGUUACCAGCGACACAGGGAAAACAGAAGAGCGAAUUGUGGUGAUCAGCAGCUCAGAAGACUCAGAUACCGAGAAUCUGGGCCUGCAGUCUACCUCAAGGCACCUGCCAGCUACCAGCUUGGUCUUCCCAUCAUCUCACUGAGCAAGCUGCCGGAAGUAUCCUGCUGCCCUCUGUCAGAUCUGCAUUUUCUCACACAAAGCAAGGAAAGCCACCUGCCUUCAUCACACCCGUGGUAGCCUAUAUCCAGUGAUGUCAUGCCCCGACACAGGCCUCCUCUGGUAGCUCAGGCCACCACCCCUGCCACCACAGGGCUUCCCAGGCAUCCUGCUGAUGACCUACCUACAGAGGGGCAAAUCAGCAAACUCUGCUGGCUGCCUAGAGCCUUCAGGGCUCUCCUGGGGCUCCACCCCCACCCCACCCCUCCACCCCCCGCCGAUUUUCACCAGUGGCUUUGCACCUUAGUUUUUCUCCCUUGCUCCUCUGUGACUUCUCAGCCUAAGGCUUUUUCCAGGGGUAGUGCACAGGUAGCAGGUUCCCCCAGAGAUUCUAGCAAAGCCCCUGUGGAGAAUCUCCAAGUUCAAGGCCUCCCUUGAAGUCUUUGAAGUUUCAUUACCACCCCUUACCCACCUGAGAGGCCACAUCCCUCCCAGUUCAGGCCUAGGCCCUCUAUCAGACAGACAGGCCUCUGAGAACCUGAGUUCUUCCCUCCUCCAUGGCUGCUUGCCACCCCAUGCCACUGUCUGCAGUCUUGGGGCCAGAUAUCCCUGCCGAUGCAUGCAGAGACAACCCAUCCGAAGGCCUGGCAGGUAUGACUGCUCAAUAAAUACUUGUUAAAUGAUCUCCUUUGUGAACCCUUAUUCCACAGCCAUCAGAUCCCAUGUAGGAUCUUCCCUGUAGGGCUGUUUGUCUUCUGUCCCUGCGUGGAACUUAGCUCCUCUCUGGGGGAGAACAUGGCUGUCUUCCUUCCACACUUAUGAGCAUCCAAAGUGGAAAGCAGGACAAGGCCUGUACAGCCCAUCACCUGGUGGCUUUGAGGUGGCCCUUAGGGUGUCACUAAGCUUAUCUCCCCAGUCUCAUGGAGGGACGAUAGGACAGCUCUUCUUCCCCUCUUGUCUUGCUUUCUUCCUGGUUGAUUUCAACACCCGCCAUCUGCCCUACGCACCUUGGUCUCUGAAGGAUCUUCAGCCUGGCACUUCAGCUGCCCAGCAGUGACAUGGCCACACUGUAUUCCUUGACACCACCUCUACAUGGACUGCCCUGACUCAGGCCUCCGCGUUCCUCAAGCCCUCAAACCUACCAUCACCUCCUUCCAGCUAAGAUGUUUCAGUCAUUCUCUCUUGGAGACCUGCUGGCGGAAACAACCAGAGUCAGGGCCCUGUUGACUCUCUGCUGCCCCCUGGAGACAAGCUGGGGAAAAGCCACACAGGAAGGCAAAGAGCAAAGGACUUCUGGUCACACCCUCCUGCUUUCAUUUGGCUCCCUAGGAACACUUCUCUGGGCUUCCUGGGCUUCCCUCUUACCUGUUGACUGUACCUUUUGCUCCUGGGGGGAAACAGAAACCUUUUGGACAGUAUGGGAAUCGUGGGCAUCUGCUACCUAAUUACAGAUUUGCCUGUUGCUGCCCCUUCUGCCUGGAAGUCCGCUUGCCUCUAAGACCCACACCCGUGUCCUGGCCCAGCUAGCCCAGCCCCUGCCCUGUGGGAAGCCUCACUCUACCUCAUGCUCAUCGGCCUGUGUCUUCUGAUUCAUCCGCAGCCUUCGGGCCAGUCUCUGCCCACUCCCUGCUUCUCCCUUGGCCUGGACUUUACACUGUACCUCAUCUCACGUUCCAAACCUCCCCACCAUGCCUGCAAACCCUACCCGCCAGCCCCAGGGAAGCCUCUCAGCACCGUGGUCCCAGACAGCCCAUGGCGUUCUUUCGUGACUGGGUUGGUCUCUUCCCAGAAGUCUGUUUUCUCUUUGCGGCUCUGGGUGCUCCAUUCCAGGCCUCCUUGCUCUUGCAAAGGUUAGCAUUCUGGCAUUGGCUUAGGGCCUUCUUUUCCCUAUACUCUGUGCAUCCCGCUCUGACCAGUUGUUGCCCAGAAAGAGCUGAUGCCCACACUUGCUCCUGCCUGCCAGACCAGAAGAAUGUCAGGGCCUUCCGUCAGCUCUGCCUAGAUGUCCCCCUGUUCUCUUUCUCUCCUCUCAUGCUGUCACUCUGCCAUCUACCUAGAUACACAAGCUGAGAGCCCAGGAGACCCCUUUUAAUUAUUUCUCACCUCCAGCCAAAAUUCGAUCCUUGCCUUUCCAUGGCUUAUAUUCUUCCUGUACCUGGACAUUUCUUUCUAGCUCAUUGUCUUUGAUAAAGUUCAAGCUACUGCCCGUGGAUGGAGGUGGGAACCUAGGUAGGAACAGUGGAGAGAAGGAACCCAGCAGUUUCCCUGGACAUAGUGCAGGGUUCGGCUCAGGAGAUGCCACAAGCAGUGUUGCAGAUGGGAAGAGGACGAGGGGACCCAACUCCACCAUCAUUGGGGGUACCAAGGCCACCAAGGCAGAUAUACAUUUCAGGUUAGGAAGAGGUGACCAGCGAGAAGGCAUUGCUCACUGCAGAGCAGGCCUGGGGAGCAGAAGAGUCCACUGCUUUUGUGUGUGUG